GUAAUUUCAAGAGACGACUUUUGUAGUUUGUUUUAGUCUGCCCGUUUGACUUUUACAUGUUUUGUGAUUAACAAAUGGAGUGAUAGACAAACCAAGGUUCUUAAUUUAUAAAAAGAGGAGGAGUAAUAAGCAAAUAGUUUCAAAAAUCAUUUUUUGCUGUGAAGUGAAUGUAAUGGAGGGAAGUUUGAUCAAUGAAGCCCCAGCGAUCGGUAUAGACCUUGGAACAACCUACUCAUGUGUUGCUGUUUGGAACCGUAAUCGAAUAGAAAUCAUACCAAAUGAUCAAGGCAAUAAUACCACACCGUCGUGUGUUGCUUUCCUUGAUGCAGAACGCCUUAUUGGUGAUGGUGCCAAGAACCAAAUAGCCAUGAGGCCUGCCAGCACCAUAUAUGAUGCAAAGAGGUUGAUUGGAAGGAAAUUCAGUGACUUGAAGGUGCAGGCAGCCAUGAAGUUGUGGGCUUUCAAGGUCAUAGAAGGGCCCGCGGACACUCCAAAGAUUGUAGUCACUUACAAUGGUCAAGAGAAAGAGUUUUUGGCAGAAGAAAUUUCAUCCAUGAUUCUUGGAAAGAUGAAAGAGAUAGCUGAAGUGUACCUUCGUAAAGAUGUGAAAAAUGCUGUCAUAACGGUCCCAGCUUAUUUCAAUGAUUCGCAGCGCCAAGCAACAAAGGAUGCAGGCACGAUUGCUGGGUUAAACAUCAUACGCAUGAUCAACGAGCCUACAGCAGCUGCAAUUGCAUACGGUCUAGAUAAUAAGUCUAACAUUAUUGGGAAAAUAAAUGUUCUCAUCUUUGACUUGGGUGGCGGUACUUUUGAUGUCUCUGUAUCAACGAUCGAGGAAGGAGAUAUUUUCGAGGUGAAAGGUGUUUCCGGUGACACUCAUUUGGGAGGUGAAGAUUUUGAUAACCGAAUGGUGGAUCACUGUGUCCGCGAAUUCAAGAGGAAGUAUAAUAAGGACUUGUCAGGGAAUCAAAGAGCAUUGGGGAGGUUAAAGUUUGCUUGUGAGAAAGCAAAAAUGAUUCUCUCAUCAACUACUCAAACAUCAAUAGAAUUGGAUUGUUUGCACGAAGGCAUCGAUUUUUCUAUGAAAUUUACUCGAGCUAAAUUUGAAGAACUGAACAUGAGCUUGUUCAAUACAUGUAUCAAGACUCUAGAAAAAUGUCUAAGUGAUGCAAAAAUGGAGAAAUCAUCGGUGGAUGAGAUCAUUCUUGUCGGUGGCUCGACUAGAAUACCUAAGAUCCAACUUAUGUUGAGAGAAUUUUUUGAUGGGAAGGAGCUAUGCAAGAGUUUGAACCCGGAUGAGGCUGUUGCAUACGGUGCAGCUGUUAUGGCAGAAAAGUUGAGCGAUAUUGGAGGUAGGAGUUUUCGUGAUUUGUCACUAAUCGAUGUCACUCCCUUGUCACUUGGUAUCGAUGUAAUAGGAGAUUUAUUUAGCGUUGUUAUCCCCCGGAACACUCCAAUACCGACGAAAAAAGACAAAAAUUACUAUACAACUGCUGACAACCAAACUUCGAUGCGUAUCAAAGUGUAUCAAGGUGAAAGAUCACAAUCAACGAAAAACCAUUUGUUGGGUGAGUUCACAAUUUAUGGAAUACCACUUGCUCCCAAGGGUGUUCCAAUAAUCAAGGUCUACUUUGACAUAGAUGUCAACGGUAUCCUCACCGUCACGGCCAAGAUAGUUUCAACUGGUAAGUCGGAGAAACUCAGAAUUACUCAAGAGAACGGCAGACUUUCCAAGGAAGAGAUCAAAAAGAUGGUUAAAGAUGCAGAGAGGUACAAAAAUGAGGACCAGGCAUAUAAGAAGAAAGUGGACGCAUACGUUGCGUUAGAGGAUUGCCUUUACAAAAUGAGGAAUAAGAUCAGAAAAUUUGAUUUCAAGACGGUGAGUCCUGAGACCUUGAAGAAAAUCGAAAAUUCCAUUGCUGACACGACCAAAUGGCUUGAGGACAACCAAGGUGCGCCUCUUGAAGAGCUUCAGCGGAUGAAGGCAUCCCUUGAGUUGGCUUGCACGCCACUAAUCUAGUCGUCGAACGUUUUAUGGUGGCUAAACAUCAGCGAUUUAUAAGAAUGUACUGUUUCUGUCUUUGUUUGGUUUAUAUAUUGGUUUGAUAAUGUAUGUAAAAAGAAAAAAAAAAUACUGCGUCUGUUAAAUGAUAAAAGUUGUACUACAUAUGUAUGUAAUUCUCUGUAUAGUCUGUAUGCUGCA